AUGUCAACCUUUGACGAUCUCUUGGGUGUCCUUUCAAGGAAAGGCACAAAUACUGUGCACUGGUGCAGCGAGCAAUUGGGGGAUGACCAGCUUGAGAUUCUUAUUGCUGCCAUGGAGAUUUCUUCCAUUCCUGUUGAGCACAUUGAUCUUUCACGGAAUGAAAUAACUUCAGAGGGGGCCAAAUUACUUGCGCGUUUUCUUCAAAAAUCGCCCCAAGUAAAGGAGUUGGGACUUGCAAACAACAAAAUUUCUGACGUCGGGGCGGAGGCAUUUAUUAAGGUUUUCGAUGCUCUGGAUUACCCCAAUUUCCUUGACCUCGAAGGAAAUCCGUGCUCAAAAGCAUAUGUCCAUAAUUUGGCACUCUUGGCUCAAGGAAAGACUUUUACAGAAGACAUCCGAAGGGGCUUGCGUACACGUGAAGCAGAUGAAUUAAAUAUAUCUGGGAUGAACUACAACAAACUGGACCCUCGCCUGGUAAAUUUUUAUGUACAAAACGUGGAUGGUUUGGAAAGACUGAUUCUUUCUGGGUGUUCACUGGGGGACGCUGGAGCUGGGGCGAUUGGAGCAUUGAUCAGCCAAAGCACUCUGACUCAUCUGGAUUUCAGCGACAAUGGUAUAUCUGACGUGGGACUUGCACAGUUUAUUGAAUCCUCCCAUCUUCAGUCUCAUCCAACAAUUUCGUCACUGUCUUUUGCCAAAAAUAUUCGUAUUGGUAAUUAUGCAGCACAAACUUUGCCAAAAACGCUUUUUGAAAAGAAUGGCAAAAUUACCUUUUUUGACUUGAAUGAAACGUCUGUGACAUCCAAAGUACGGUCGAUUAUUAACCAUGAAUGUGAGCUUAAUAAGCAACCCCAUUCCUUGAAGCAAGCGGUGGUUGGAAUUCGGACCAACAAUCCAUCAUGUACAGUAGUAAACCUUCAGUGGGAAGAGGGGUUGGAGAAAGCGGCAUAUUUCAUUUCCCCUGUCCUAAGGUACUCGACAAAUUUGUUGGAACUGAAUCUGGGGAACUGUGGCUUUGGUGACAAAGGCUUGGGACUUUUGGCGGAGGCGCUGAGACUUAAUUUCCAUAUUCGGGUCAUUGCAUUUCCAAACAAUGGUAUCACUUCUAAAGGAGCCAUUACACUUUUUCAGUGCAUUGUACAGCAUGCUUCUCUGGAGGAAGUUAACCUUGCGGGAAAUCGAAUCAAUGAUGAAGCAGCUCUUUCGCUUUUGAACACGCUUCGGGCCAAUGAUAAGAUAAAGAAUGUCAACGUCACCAACAAUUUUAUUGGUAAUGAUUACCUAAAUGAAGUGGAAGGUUUGCUUCUUAUUAACCAAUCACCUAAAAUCAUUCGAAAGCUUGUUGUUGAAAUUGAAUCAAAUGAGCCAAGUUUGAAAUCGAUUUCAUUGUCAGGAGGACCAGAUGAAGGAUAUUACAAUGAUGCCUCAGUGAGGUUGCUUUGUCAGGCGUUGGUAUUAAAUACGACGGUGACUUCUUUGAAUUUGUCCAAGAAUGUGAUUGCCGACACAGGGGCUGCCUCUAUAGCUGAAAUGCUGAUGUCCAACACUUGUAUCACCCAUUUGAACCUUUCAGAUAAUUCUAUAUCAAAUCGUGGCGCUCAACGUCUCUGCGCUGCUCUUCGUACGAAUAAUGCGCUCCAGGACUUGGAUUUAUCCAACAACGCGAUUUACGAUGAAGGAGUAGAAGGAUUUCCUGAAAUGUUGAAAUACAAUGAUCGUCUCAUUCGGGUUGUGUUGGACAAAACAGGAGUUACGAAAGAUAUGUACACUAAGGUGGUUGAAGCGGCAGACCUCAACAAGGAACCCAAAUGCCUUAAAGAUGCGGUGUACAGACUACAAGGUGGAGAUGAAUCCUUACGAAAAGUGGAUCUGCGACGAGAAAAUUGUCCGCGUCCGCUUGAUGAUGCUUCUAUCGAAACACUUUGUGUUCAUUUGCGAGGAAGAUCAUUUGUGGAAAGUUUGCUUCUUCAAGGCAAUAAAAUUGGAACUAAAGGAUGCCAAUCUCUUGCUGCGCUUCUUGCGGAAGAAGGUUGUGGUAUUCUUUCACUGGAUUUGUCAUUUAAUCCUGUGAAUGAUGAGAGCCUCCAGGAAUUAUCCAAGGCUUUAUUGUCACCACAUAUCAAGUUGGAUACACUUAAGCUUGUUGGAACUGAAGUGACUUCUGCUGGAGUUAAUGCCCUGAUUGAGAUAUUGAAAACAAACACUUCACUUCAACAGGUGUUUACUCCCGAAAGUGUUUCGGCAGAUGUCUUUUGCGCAAUGAAUCGUGAGCUUAUGGUGAACGUUCAGCCAAAGUCACUGAAGCCUCUCUUGGCAAGGAUUGAAGCCAAUGAGGAUAUCCCAGAGGUCAUAUUUAAGGAUCCUGAAGUACCUUUUACAGACUCAGCUUGUCAACUACUUUCUGCGUCGCUAGUGAAAAAUACCCACAUUGUAUCGCUUGAUUUAUCGCAUAAUAAGUUGACGUGCGAAAGUAUGCCUUUUCUUCUGGAAGCUCUCUCUCGAUCCCCAUCGAUUAUACAUGUGAAUCUGUCAGAUAACCGUGUUGGGGUUAAAGGGGGAAAGGAUCUUGUUCUAUUCUUACAAGAGCAUCACCAUGUCCUUACCCUCAAUCUGGAGGGUAACGAAAUCCCCGAAGAGACUGUAAAUGCAAUCAAUGAAUUAUUGUCCCUAAAUGCAGGCUCAAUUAAAUUGAAAAAGAUACUUCUCCGAUUCAGAGGCGGCAAAUUCCGUGAUGAAAUGAUUAACCUGAAUGGACAGGAUGAAACCUACAAGCUGAACGACAAUGACGUUCGUCUUUUGUGUGACGUUCUGGCGGACUCUCCUACAUUACGUGCCGUUGAUCUUGGAUUGAACCAGAUAACCGAUCUUGGGUGUGAGAUGAUUGCGGAUUUGCUACGGCGCAAUCGAAAAAUUGAGGCUCUCUACUUGGAUUAUAAUCCCAUCGGGGAGGCUGGUGGCGAGGCUCUGUAUAAUGCUUUGAAAGUGAAUCACCAGCUUCAUACUCUGUUUUUGGAGGGUUCCAACGUGCCUGAGGAGAUAUGGGAAGAACUUUUGGGUCUUCUGCAUGUUAAUGAAACUCCACUCAAGGAGAGAAUUAACAUGCGAGGGCUGCCGCUGGACAACGUUGAUGACCACACACAAUUUAAAAGCACAGAUUACGCCGCUGCCCAGGAGGAAAAGGUUGGAAGGGACGCCCUCUGCCUCUACGAAGAUGGUAACAAGCCUCUUCUUCUGAAGAGCUGA